AUGGGGCUCCUCAGCUCCCUGCCGCCCCACCGCCGGGGCGCCUUAUCGGGCGGCGGAUGGCAGUGGUCGUUCCUCGACGUCGUCUGGGGGGUCUUCCUCAUCGCCGUGGUCGUCUUCCUCGCGCUCGUCUUCACGCUGCGCCGCGGGGACCCCGUCCUAACCGCCGCCUCCGUCGCCCGCGCCGGCGGCAGCGGCGGCACGGUGCCGCCGUGCGCCGCCUCGGAGGUGGACCUCCUCCCCUGCGAGGACCCGCGACGCAGCUCCCGCCUCAGCCGCGAGAUGAACUACUACCGCGAGCGCCACUGCCCGACUCGUGGCGAGGCGCUCGCGUGCCUUGUGCCGCCGCCCCGAGGCUACCGCGUUCCCGUGCCCUGGCCCGAGAGCCUCCACAAGAUCUGGCAUGAUAACAUGCCUUAUGGUAAGAUUGCUGAAAGAAAAGGUCAUCAAGGGUGGAUGAAGCAUGAAGAUGGAUCUUACUUGAUUGAAGCUGACCGUCUACUUAGGCCUGGGGGCAAUCUAAUCAUAUCGGGGCCCCCUGUGAGAUGGAAGAAUCAAGAGAAGGAAUGGGAUGAACUUCAAGCAAUGGCAGGAGCUUUGUGUUACAAAUUGAUCACUGUAGAUGGUAAUACUGCCAUUUGGAAGAAACCUGCUGAGGCUUCAUGUCUUCCUAACCAAAAUGGAUUUGGCCUUGAUCUCUGUAGCACCAAUGAUGAUCCAGAUGAAGCAUGGUACUUCAAGUUGAAUAAAUGUGUCAGUAAAGUUUCCGUGUCGGAAGAGAUAAAUAUAGGUUCCGUUCCCAGGUGGCCAGAUAGGCUGUCUAAACCUUCUGCUAGGGCAUCAGUUAUCAACAAUGGAGCAAGCUUGUUUCAAGCAGAUAGUCAGAAGUGGGUUAGGAGAGUGUCAUAUUAUAAAAAAUCACUUGGCAUGAAGCUUGGGAGCACACACAUACGCAAUGUCAUGGACAUGAAUGCAUUCUUUGGAGGAUUCGCAGCCGCUAUAGUGUCUGAUCCUGUAUGGGUUAUGAAUGUUGUUCCUGCUCAGAAGCCAUUGACACUUGGAGUUAUUUAUGAUAGGGGCCUUAUUGGGGUUUAUCAUGACUGGUGUGAACCAUUCUCAACAUAUCCUCGUACUUACGAUCUCAUUCAUGCUGCUGCAAUUGACUCCUUGAUAAGUGACCCGAUUUCAGGCACCAGCAGGUGUGACCUGUUUGAUGUAAUGUUGGAGAUGGACCGCAUACUGCGCCCAGAAGGAACUGCUGUUAUACGGGCCUCCCCAGAUGUCGUAGACAAGGCAGCACAGAUUGCUCGGUCGAUUCGGUGGAAGGCUCAGGUGCAUGACAGUGAGCCAGAAUCAGGUAGUACCGAGAAAAUACUUGUGGCUACGAAAACAUUUUGGAAGCUGCCACUAACAUCACAAUAG